CAGAUACCACGAAGACUGGACACCUGAAAAGGCCAACCCGAUCAAGUGACCAGUUUUUCGACAGGAGCGACACGGAACCUCUCCAGCCCCCAAACAGUGACCAGUACCUCUCUUCAUUGAAAAACAAAGGCCAGUUCAGCAACGAGCAAUAUCCUGGAGACUAUUUUGACGGGUCCGGGUUCAACGCCGAGGAGGAAGAAAGGCCUCUACAUCAAGGGGAUGGGGACAGUGUGUCACUUUUGGGAGACAGCCCUCCGAGCCCGGCCAUGUCGAAAAGAUUUACAGAGUUCCUAGGUAAAAGGGUGCCUUUGGCUAACAGUGGGAUGCCUGGCCCUGUGGAAGAGCCACACAAGGAGACCGUAGAGGAUAGUCAUAGGUCAGAGGGGUUAUCACCAUCAGAAAGAUCGUAUAGAGACAUGGCAGAAAAGCUGGCUUUACUACUCCGCUCUGACGCCAAAAGACAGUGGGAGUUUGUCGGAAAGCGACCAUACGACUUCGUAGGCAAAAGAUACGACUUUGUAGGCAAGCGAUACGACUUUGUUGGCAAAAGGUACGACUUUUUGGGAAAGAGAAAUCCGUACGAGUUUAUUGGGAAGCGGUACGACUUUGUGGGAAAACGUCGCCCCUACGACUUUCUAGGGAAAAAGAGUUACGACUUCCUCGGGAAAAGGUACGACUUUUUAGGAAAAAGGAAUCCGUAUGAAUUUGUUGGUAAAAGAACUCCGGCUAUGGUUCAUGAAGGCGUGAUCUCACACAACCUAGACGGCGAGGGUCAAAAACUGGCCAUUCCAUCCUCUGAUGCCCACACCGCAGACAGAAGGUACGCCGAGUUUCUGGGCAAAAGGUCCGAAGAAAGUGGACAAGCAGCUCUGACAGACAGCGCCCGUCUGGCCGCUCUACUCAGCAACACUGGCCUGAGGAAACGGCUGUCCAGAAUGCUUCUGAACGGUCAGCUGGCGGAACAGUACCCAGAGUUUAUUGGGAAAUAGGACACGGUAUUUUCUAAGAAUCCGGGCACGACGCAAAACUGUUAUAGAAAUCACUUCCACUGAGUUAAUCCAAAAGUUACGAAGGUAAAUGUAGUUUCUAUCCUGCGAACCGCGUAGUAUGCAUGUUAACGACGACAACAACUGCAAAUGCAUAGGUUUAUGUAUUAAUCAUAUGCAUUACUCAAAAGAUCAAACUGAAAAUUCUAGUAUCAUAUAUUAUUAUCUACUAACAAAUCAUGCCUUACUUCUUCUUGAACUUUGUAGUUUUCAUUUUUUUUUAAUAGACCUGUUUAAUUUGAGAAACAAUCGUAUAUAGAAUGCCAGACUUCUCAAUAAAAAGUGGGUUAUAAU